GUAGGCCGAGGUGAUCUUGAUGGGAUCGACAAUGAAGCUUUGGACUUCAGCCAACUAGAGGAGUACAUCAACGAUGAAGAUAACCCUGACUUCUACUUUCAUGAAGCUCUGGUGAACAGUGGCGCCAAGCCCACGGAGCCCCAAUUGACUAGGGCGAACACUAUUUCCAUCCAGAACCAGACAAACACACCUAGCCUAAACACCGUCAAUUCUUCCGUAUUAUCGUCUUCAGGACCAGGAAAUCUACACAAGAGUGUUUCAACCAUAGAUGAUGGUGUUGUUUCCAGUUACUACAGCUUUCCUCCUGUUAAUGUUGCCACUGUGAGAGAAGCACCCAAUCACAUCCGGAGUGUGAGCUGUUCAGUGUCACAACGCCUGUGUUUACCUGACAGUCCACCUGACUCCAGUUCGGAGCCUUCGUUUUCUCCUCCUCAUGAAGAAUCUAAAGUAAACCAAAGCAACGGAACUCCUCAUCUUGUGACAAUGCAAUCAGGACCAGAAAGUUUGAAGCACUUUAUCGGUUACAACAGUACCCAGCCUCUUAAACAUCUUCCUCUUGAAACCAGCCUGACGGUUACACCACCUCUUCAACAUUCGCCUCAACAACAAGGGCAAAUUUCACUAUCUGUCCACAUAGGGGAUCGAAUACCACACCUUCCUCUCCAGGCUAGCACAUCAAGCGGUCAUAUGACACCACAAUUGCCACCAACAAUCACAAGUCCUUUGGUAGCAAGCCUUGGAAUUCCAACUCACCAGGCGGCGUCAGUGGUGCCGUCUAGCACUCAAAUACCAAACUUGUAUAACAGUGAAGAAAUAUUGUGUGAAAGUAUGAGUAAUUCUGAUGAGAGCAGCUCAAGAAAAAAAAGGAAAUUUUCAGAAUCAUCUAAACCCUCUCUCAACAGCAAUCUGAGUAAUGGAAUGACGUCUAUCAAAAAAGAACCUAGUGGCUUGUCUCCUGACCCUGGGGCACUUAAUGUUCUUCCUCAGCCUGAAGAUGAGUAUUCAGUUGAUUUUAGUAAUUCUGAAACAACUGGAAUGUUGAUAGACUCAGCCUACCAGUGUAUACGAUUUCAGCCAUUUCAACAGAAUUCGUGGAGUGUGGUUUGUGAUGCGUCCUUGAAAGAACUACCACCGUUCAACUACCGCGUUGAUGCAGACAAAGGGUUUAACUUCAGUUACACAGAUGACUCAUUUGUCUGUCAAAAGAAAAAUCACUUCCAAAUAACAGUUCACGUACAGUCUAUUGGAGAUCCACAGUUUAUUAAAACUCCCGAUGGUCUUAAGAAACUAGACAAUUUCUAUUUGCACUUCUAUGGAGUCAAGAUGGAAUCACUAAAUCAGACAAUCAAAAUAGAACAGUCUCAGUCUGAUCGCAGCAAGAAACAUUUUAAUCCAGUCCAAAUUGAGCUUAUACCUGAUCAAGUUACCAAAACAACCGUUGGAAGACUUCAUUUUAGUGAAACCACAACGAAUAAUAUGCGUAAAAAGGGUAAACCCAACCCUGAUCAACGUUACUUUUAUCUUGUAGUCAGUAUUUGUGCACAUGUUGGAGAUCAAAUAUUUCCUGUUGUGUGUCAUUCAUCUGAAAAAAUUAUUGUCAGGGCAUCAAAUCCUGGUCAGUUUGAGAAUGAUGUAGAACUGUCAUGGCAGAAAGGACAAACACCAGACUCUAUAUUUCAUGCUGGUCGAGUGGGAAUAAACACUGAUAGGCCAGAUGAACCUCUAGUAGUUCAUGGAAACUUGAAAAUGACUGGUCACAUUAUUCAACCAUCAGAUGCAAGAGUUAAAACCAAUAUGAGAGAGCUAGAUUCCCGUGAACAGUUAAAGAAUGUGUCAAACAUGCGUAUUAUAAAAUUCUGCUACAGACCAGAAUUUGCUGAGCAAGCUGGAUUAUCAGAUGAUGCCAUUUCUGAUACAGGAGUUGUUGCUCAAGAAAUAAGUUCUAUAUUACCAGAUGCUGUUAAAGAAGCAGGUGACAUUAUUUUACCAAAUGGACAAACAAUAGAGAAUUUUCUUGUUGUGAACAAGGAAAGAAUUUUCAUGGAGAAUGUUGGAGCAGUGAAGGAGCUGUGUAAAGUAACUGACAACUUGGAAACUAGAAUUGAUGAACUGGAACGAAUCAAUCGUAAACUUAAAAACCUUAAAAGAUUUGACAGCUUAAAGUCCACAUCUAGUGGAAGUACAGUGACCAGUAGAGCAAGCAGCUUCACAGGAUCACAGAAAUCUCACCGACAUCGCUACCACAGUAAACAAGAGGAUCAGAAUUUUUGUUCCAAUCGUUUUUUCCAAGGCACUAUUGUUGCUUUAAUUCUGAUUAUGGCUUUCUGCCUGGUAGCUAUGGCAACAUUAUAUAUCCUGGAAUGGCAGAAAAGACAUGCUUCUGAAGAAAAAUCCAGAUUAGACAUUUCAUUGUAUACACAUGGGGCUUCACUGUACAAUCAUUCUGUGGCACCACAAAUAUAUCUGUCAUCUAUAAUGCCUUCACCAUCACAAAACUCCACUUCGUCUCAAAAUAUUAUACCAUAUACAUUAGCGAAGGCCUCAGAAAGUAAUUCUGAUGAAUCAACUUCUCUACUGCAAAGUGUCACCACCACACUUUCUUCGACUCCUUUCUCACAAAGUGGAAGACCUAACAGAAUUAACCGGCAGCCUAUAGGGCUUCCACCUGGUUGCUCCAAGGGAAGUUUUACCCAGGAAAAUUGUCCAGAAAUAUGUUGUGAAGUAGUAUCAAGCAAUAGAGAAAUUACUUCUUCUAAAACAAAUCCCAGGGAAUCUAUACGGGGGAGGCAACUCCAUGCACCAAGUGCCACAACUCUUAACAACAGCAAUGCUGCAGAAGAAGCAAGCAGAAGUGAUCACAUAACAACUGUUGGCAGUAUUUUCUCACAAAACACAAUGACUGCUAAAAAAUCAUCAUCCAUAUAUCCUGACCACAAUUUCCAGAAGAAAAUCAAUAAGUUUGCCAGCCUUUCACCUAAUGAUGAUGUAAAUAAUGAGUUGAACCAGAGUCCUGUCAAUAUUAACAGAAACACCACAAGUAGAGCUCAAAGCUCUAAAGCUAAUUCUAAUUUUGAUGAAAUAUCAGCCAGCCAGAAAAACAAUUCUCCAGCAGAAAUAAUAAUAAGGAAAAGAAAUUUGAAGUCCUACCCUGUUUCUUCUGGUAAUACUCAUGAUCGUGUAAAAAGAGAGCAAACCAGCGAAACAGUGAAACUGAUCUACAAACAUGGGCAUAAAAAUUUAUCACCUGAAUUGGCAAACACAGUAGAAUCUAUCAGGAUUCUAGAAUUGAAUUCCACUCUUGGAGUUGACUACUGUGUGCACCAGUGCAUUAGUGGUCCAUGGUAUACCUAUGAUAUUCCUGUUUCUCGCUACAUGACCUUGAAAAAUUUAACGGUACAAUUUACUUUAAAGCAGGCUUUACAUAUGGAACUAUGCGCAUCUGAAGAACCAGAAACUAUCUGUUCAAGUGUGAGAACUGAUUCACCUCUCUUUCAACAAAGAAAUGUCCAUUCUUUCUUGCAAGAAAGCCCAUCCUGGACCCUUCGAGUUGGUUGGUAUUCAAGAAGCACUUAUAGAUUUCGUAUUCAUACCAAAAGACAGAAUGCAAGGCCAUGUCUUCUUCAGAGCAGUGAUGCUGGUCACCUGUUUGUGGAGUACAAACUUAUCUUUCAUAGAGAUUGUGGGAUAUGAUAUGUCCUUUUGAAUAAUCAAGACUCGGAAGGCAUCAUCAGUGAUUAAUAUACAAUUCAAGGAGAUAAAUACAAACCAAGCCAGCUUACCAUCUAGUGUUCCUGUUGUGGGAAAGGAUUGGGCAAACAUUGGCAAAUGAGUGAUAACUGUCACCAUUUUUCAAGGUGGAAAUUACUGGCAGAAGAAUUAUAUAACAGACAAAAACAUUAGAGGGAUUACUUGCCAUUCCAACUGCAAUGUUUUAAAAUGAUCUUGUAAUGAAGAAAGAGUUUGCUAUCAACAAAAUUUAUGUCCAAACAUUGAAACUUAUGUGCUUUAACAUAAAGUAGAGAUAUAAGGUAUUUUACUUCAAGUCAAGUACAUAAUAAGAGGACUAUUUUUCCAGAGUGCAAGUAUUUUCAAAGGAUGGAUACAAUGGAUAGUUUAUUCUAAGAAAAGUGUAGAAGAGCCCACAUUUUAAUAAGCUCAACCAUGACAUGUAGCCACAUUUCGAAACUUUAUAUAAGGCAGUCCAAAACUGCCCAUUGUGCAUGAUGCCAUUGUAAUAGAAAAUAAUUGACAUUUUCUUCAUUGUAAAACUUUUAUGUAUUUCAUGGGACCAAACUAUGCUUGUUGAAAGUAUUGUUAAAGAAGUGUCUAUUUUGUUAAGUAUCAUUGAAGAAUUUAAACAAUUAUAUGAAAUAUCUCUUACAGUUUAUUAUUAUUUGAAGCAGUGUAUUGUAUCGCACACUAUUGUAUACAAAUAGUUCUUUACAGAUCAAAAACAAAAAAAUACUUCAAGUGUGAUAAUGAAUAUAUUUUUACAAAAAUUAUUCAAAAAAUACUUAGUUUUAAUUUUGUUGCUCACUUCAUAGUACUUCUCAAGUUGCAAUGAAGAACGUUGCAACUUUUUUGAGUUAUAUGUAAUGGUUAAAUAUGAAUAUAGAGAAUAUUUAUAAUUCAGAAGAAAAUACUGAUCAUUUUUUUACAAGUGUGUGACCACUUUAGAUGCAAUCAUGACAUAAUAUGAUUCAGUUUUUUAAUGUCAAAAGUACUUCUUCCAUCUAGAAUUUAUUUGGUAGUGCCUCUGCUUUGCAUGCUUGUAUACACACUUUGCUAAUGAUGUGCUAUUACAGAUUUUGAUCUAAUAUAAUCAGAAGAAUACAUGUACCCCUAUAGAGCAUCAAUAACCAAUCUCCAAGACUGCCUGAAACUAUAAGAUAUGACAUAAGUAAUACAUCAGAAGCAACAUGUUUGUACAUUUUAAGAGAUCAGACAUAACAAUAAAAUGAUUUCUACAUUUAGUAUGCGAGUAUUUAUAUGAUCAACUAAUCUACAAAGUUUAAAGUGAUGGUAACUAGGAAUACUUUCUUUUACACUCAGAUCUUUUCUUAUAAAUAUGUAACCACAAUUUAAUGUUCAACAACAUCAGGCUCCUUAUUCUUUUGAAAAUAGGAUACAUUUAUUCUUGGCAA